UGGAGGUAACGGGCUUACCUUCUGCCUAGCAUUAAUUGAAACGUCUAUAUAAAUUAAUGCACCCUCCUAUGGAAGAAUUAAAUCAAAUUAAAUUCAUAUUUAACCUUGCAAGAAAGAAUUCUCAUAUGAUCCAUAUCUUCUCGUCAAGCAUGGCAUCCCAGACCAAGAAAAAUACAGCUUGUGUGAUAGGCGGCACAGGGUUUGUGGCAUCUUUGCUUAUCAAGCUGUUGCUUGAGAAAGGCUAUGCAGUUAACACAACAGUCAGGGAUCCAGUCACAACGCAGUCCUUUUUGCAUGCAGACAAUCAAAAGAAGAUUGCUCACCUAAUAGCACUACAGAAUUUGGGGGACCUAAACAUUUUUGGAGCAGAUUUGACUAAUGAAGAAAGCUUCAAUGCUCCCAUAGCAUGUUGUGACCUUGUCUUCCAUGUUGCAACCCCAGUUAAUUUUGCUUCUGAGGAUCCAGAGAAUGACAUGAUCAAGCCAGCAAUUCAAGGAGUGCAUAAUGUGUUGAAAGCCUGUGCAAAAGCUAAAACAGUUAAAAGGGUCAUUUUGACAUCCUCUGCUGCAGCUGUAUCAAUCAAUAAGCUUAAUGGCACAGGUUUGGUCAUGGAUGAGAAGAACUGGACUGAUGUUGAGUUCUUAACUUCUGAGAAACCACCCACUUGGGGGUACCCUGCGUCCAAGACACUAGCUGAGAAGGCAGCCUGGAAAUUUGCUGAAGAAAAUAACAUCGAUCUCAUUACUGUCAUCCCUAGUCUCAUGACUGGUCCUUCUUUCACACCGCAUAUUCCCGACAGCAUAAACCUGGCAAUGUCAUUGAUUACAGGGAAUAAAUUCCUGAUAAAUGGUUUGAAAGGUAUGCAAAUGCUGUCAGGUUCGAUCUCUAUUACACACGUAGAGGAUGUUUGUCGCGCCCAUAUAUUUUUAGCUGAGAAAGAAUCUGCUUCUGGUAGAUAUAUAUGCUGUGGUGUUAACACCAGUGUUGUUGAGCUUGCCAAGUUCUUGAACAAACGAUACCCCCAGUAUCAAGUCCCAACUGAUUGUGGGGAUUUCCCUUCCGAGGCCAAGCUGAUCAUCACUUCAGAGAAGCUUAGUAGUGAGGGGUUCAGUUUCAAGUAUGGAAUCGAAGAGACCUAUGACCAAACUGUGGAAUACUUCAAGGCCAAUGGAUUGCUGAAUUGAAGAGGUCUAGAUUUCUAGUUAAAUGUCUCUUCCCAUUAGAAGGAUCGGCAUUUGACUGCGGAGAUAUUCUAGGUUGGCUGUAUUUGGCAUCAAAGAAUAAUCUCUUAUGUUAAGUGUAGUCCUGCUAUCAUUUUGAAGCAGUUUUGUGUUUUUAUUCCAGGCAGCACUUUCACAUACAGAACUAAUUGAAAAUACCUGCUUUGAUUUUCGAAAGCAA